AUGACUAGCCGCGAAGGAUUAAAUCGAAAUCGCUUGCGACAAGCAACUCCAAAUGUUGAUCAAGUUUUAACACCAUUAGGACGAGUGGUGGCAAGUACAGUUCCUUCUGGUUCAACUUCAACAUCUGUACCAACAACAGUUGUACAAAAUUCUGGUAAUAUUCGUCAACGUUACACUUUGCAUACGCCGCUUACAGAUGAUGUCGAAACUAAUUCGAAUUCCAUUGUUAUUCUAGGUACAUUCGAUACAUCAAUCCAGGCACCAAUAAUGACAUUUGAUGCUGAACAAUUUCGUUCAGAUAUUAAAACGCACGGCAAUGAUGAAAAACGUUUAGAACAAUUAAUAAUCAAUGCAAUAAAUUAUUUCAUCGCAACAUCGAAACGUGCACCACAACAAGUAGUUGAUUAUACGGUGCUAACAUUUCUUGCAUGGACUGCAUCGUUGCAUGGAGAAAUUUUUCGAUUACCAUCUGUAUUAAAAGCCAUGUGCACUUUACUUAAAGGAUCAGCAUUAACAAAAAUAAUGAAAACUUUUCCCACGAUUAAUAAUGGAAAUAAUCUAGGAUUGACAACAACACCAUAUACACUUGUUUGCCAAAUACUUUGGAUUGCUUUUAAAGAUCAAACUCAUUGGCCCGAUGAAUUCAUUGAAGCCUAUGUUGAAGAUGCGUUAGGUGAACAAAAUUGGAUAAAAAAUCCUGAUUGUCGACUUUUUGUUUCAAAUAUUCAAACUGCUUUUAAUACUCGUCCAUGUACAUGGAAAUUAGAUGGAUUUAAACUCUAUCCAGUUGUUCCAAUGUCUACUAGUACAACAAUAACAACACAAAUAUCAUCAACACUCAACGAUGAAACUAGUAAUGAUAGCAAUAAUAACAGCGAAUCAUUAACACUACCAGUUACCGAAUCGGAAUCAUCACUGCAAACAAUAGAUGAUGCCAUUCUUAACAACAAUAAUAAUAAUACAGAUAUUCAAUUAAUUCUUUCACGUUAUGAAAAGCGUUCUCAGCAAAUUCAAAAUUUAUUACAAAGUUUAUUAACUACAAAUGCUAAAAUAAAAUCUACUAUUGGAAACUCAACAAAUUUAAAUACGAAUGCAUCAAUAACAACACCAGCUGGUACAAGUCAACCGCAUGAAACCGACAAACUGCUCUAUUUACUUGAACAAUUAUGUGGUCUAUCUGAUAUACGUUUACAUAUAUUAUCUCGACUUGAUAUAUGGUUACAAAAUCCAAAAUUAAACCGUACGGCUGAAAAAUUAAUGGUAGCACUUUGCGAAAAUCUAACUAAACCAACAACAAUGAACAAUCAUCAUCAUCAAUUGACCAAUGGACAUUCGAUUAAUAAUGAUUUAUCUUACAUAGAUGAACGCGCUAUUGAACAAUUAGUUAAUUUACGUUUUAAAGUACGCGCAUCAAAUGCCACUAGUAAAAUGUACAUACUAUGUAUACGUGAAAUGGUUAAAAUUGAUGCUAAUCUAGUUGAUAUAAUUGUACGUUUUAUUGUGCACAAUGAAUUACAGCAAAUUUCCAUAUCGUCAGCAGUACUAUCACAAACAACAAAAAAUCCAAAUAAUCUAUCAUUGCUUCAUGCUUGUUGUCAAUCACAACCUGAACAUACUUGUCAAUCGUUAGCAUAUUCAAUACAGAAUAUUCUUCUUUUAACGAAUGUAACAACGACAUCGAAAGAUUAUGAUAAUUUAUUAAAACUUAUUCGGCCAUUCAUUCGUGAUCUUAUGCGAUAUGCAAAAAAUGAGUUCGAUUCAAUGAGAUUUUGCAUGUAUUUAAUUGAUAUGCAUUAUUCUAAUAAUUUACAGCAACAAUUUUGGACUAUGGUUCAACAACCAGAUCCUCCAAGUAACGAAAUAACAUCAAAUCGUUUAUUGAAACGUCUAUUAGAGUGUGAUAUGUCAACACGUGAACGAUUUCUCUAUGCUAUAUGUGAUAUAAUUCCCAUGAUAAUUCUCGCAUCAGCUCAAGCAUUUAAUUCAACAAAUAAUACAAUAAAUCCCAAUGCUCCAACAACACGUUUAAUCGCACCAAUAAAUAAUGAGCAAUGGUUAUUAUUUAUUCAACGUAUAUCAUUUAUUCAAUGUAGUUCAUGUUUAUUUUUUCUCUAUACAUUGCCACGUUUAUUCGAUUCAACAUCAUCGAUAAAUCCAAUAAAUUACGUCACAUGUUUAUAUAGUAUAUUAUUCACGGCACAAGUCAAUUCAUAUUUGCGUAUUGAAAAUUGGCCACCAGAAGAACCACUUGGUUUACGUAAUGAUCUAUUUCGUUUAUCAUCUGAAAUUCCAUUACUUGGUGAAACUCUCUAUUUACUUAUGCAAAUUGGUUUAACACCACAAUUUCGUAUAAAUCCAUCGAUUAUAGUUGAUUUAAUUGAUCUCAUUGUCCGACGUACAUUAAAUGUUGAACAAAAAAUGCCGAAUGAUUAUGUAUCCCUAUAUCUUCGUCUACCUGAAAAUCGUUGUGAAAUACUUCUUAAGAAAUUUUUCGAUCUAACUCGCUAUCAUAUUCCUAUUCAAAUACAAUUUCCAUCAACAUAUCAAAUACCGAAGAAUUUAUUUAUAACAGAAAUCUUUUGGAAAUCAUGUCUAAUAUGUUUACUAUUAGCAUCGCAUGAUCCGCAAAUGUUCGGCCGUUUUAUAUGGACAUCAGUACCUCAAAUACGCCUAUUUAUGGAAAUGCUAUUAACAGGUGAUUAUACAUAUCCACCAAAAUCAAUGAUUGAAACAAAAGAUUUUCUCGAGAAAUUCUAUGCAAAUGAACGUUUACAAUUGCGUGAAGAAAAAGAUUCAAUAUUAGAAUUAGAAAAAUAUUUAGCAUCACCGAAAAUCAUCGAUGAAACGAAUAGUCAAUUAUUAGGUAAAAUUAUCCUAUUGGAUUUGCAACAAAUUAAACGGCCUGCAACACAUGAGAAAAAUGAAAAGAAUUUUUAUAAUCUUAUACAGGGUUUUAAUAAUUUAUAUAAAUUAUCGUCGAUGUUAUGUCGUUGUCGUUCGCCAGAUUUCAUUUUAAAUGUAUUAAAUAGAAAAGAACAACAAGGAAAAAAUGCGUUCGAUUCACAGACAUCAUGGUUAACGAGUUUAAUUGAUUCGAAUAUUGAUUGUUUAAAUGUUUUUCCAAUUAUUUGUCUAUGUGAUUAUUUUCAACAUAUGAUUAUGAUUUAUAAUAAUAAGUCUAUUCUAAAUUCACCAUCGAAAAAAACUCUACAUGCACUAGAAACUAUUCUAAUAAGAUUUAAAUCUAUUAUUCAAGCAGUUAAACAACAAAUUUUGUCAAAUACACAGAAAUCAACUUUAAAUUCUCCUCAAAUCGAUGAUAUGACAUGUAUUCUCAAUUAUUUUUUCAAUUGUCUUAAUUCUAAUAUAUCAACAGUGCGUACAAAUGCUUGGCUUUGUUUAUAUAUAAUUCUCAACGAAAACCAUCAAAUUCAAAAUAUUGAAAAUCUUCUAUCGAAAUUCGAUCAAUUGCCUGAAACAUAUAUUGAAUUAAUCUUAUCAACAAUAACACAAUUCAAAUCUCUAGAUCACACUCAACUGUUAGUAAAACAAACUCUAUCGGAAACAUGUCAUUUUGAAACUAAUAUAUAUAUAUUACAUUGUUCCAUUAUGUAUAUUAUUGAUAAUUGUCAUAUUGAUUCAAAUAGUGAUAUAUCAUUACUAUCAAAUUUAGCACGAGCAUUAAAUCGGCGACAUUCAAUACUUUAUUUACUGAUUCAAUAUGAUAAACAAGAAAAAAUUUCAAAAUUAAUCGAAAACUUUUUUCGUUUCAUUAUUAUUAUGUUAAUGAAAAAAAUUGAAUAUUCAUUAAAGCAUCCAAUUGAGAUUAAUAGCGAUGAGAAUUAUGAUGAAAAAUUCUCAACCAACACUCAAACAUACCUAAUGUUACCAGGUUUAAAUGCGGAACAAAUAAAUAUUAUUAAACAAUUGGAAAAUCAUGUGAACUUAAAGGAUGAUUAUAAAUGGUCAACAAAUAUGAAUAAGCAUUACAUACAAAUUGAUUCAGUGCUCAUUGAAUUGUUGUUAAUCUUUUUAGCUUAUUUUGAUUUUAAUAAUUCAAAAUUGAAAGCGUUAGCUGAUAUAGCAAGUUUACUUCAACAAUUUUUUCUUAAUAUAAAAUCAACACCUUGCUUUACAACAAUUAAACAAUUCAAUCCACCGGUACCGGUAAAACAAUCGCAAGACGAGAGUAAAUCUGUUGACGACAGUAAAGAUGAUCAUUUUAAACAAUUCGCCAUAGAAGAUAUUGAUCCACCAGAACCUACACGUAAACGACGUAGAUCACAUACGAAUUCGACUGAAAAAGUUUUUGUCGCAUCUUCAACAAAAGCGAACUAUCGUAUUGUUCCAAUCAACAAUGAAAAUGAACAAUCAUUAUUUCUUUCGGAUGAUUUACAAUAUUUUAUAUUUAAAUCAAAUAAUUUUUCAUUGGUUAAACGAUGUAUUGAUCAAGCAUCAUUAUCAACAUGUUUGAAAAUGUUUAAAAUAUCUGCAACAUCACAUGAAAAUAUCAAUUGUUUAUGUCAACGUCUAAAUCAAUUAAUCGAUCUAUCAUCCAAACAGAUUCAUACUUAUAUUAAGCAAUCUUCAUUUAUACUUCCUUUAAUAAAUCGAUGGAUUAUUGAACAAUUACCGGAAGCUAUUAAACUUGGUGAAAAAUUAAGAAAGCUGUCAGAAAAAAAGAAAAAAUCCCAUAGUGCCACUCAAGAAAAAUCAUCUGAUAAAAGCGUUCGUUUAAUUCCAACGAGUUCACGUAUGUCUUCGUCAAUAGUCGAUCAAAUUCAUUCGUUUGAUAUUCGUAUAAAUGAUUUAUGUAAUAAAAAAUCGUCUGAUGAAAUUUCAAAUGACAAUCGAAUGGAUACAUCGGAUAUAGAGUUUAAUAUACCAUGGAAAAAUUUAGAUGAAUGUGAAGAAUUACUUAAAUAUUUAAUCAAUAAGAAAACUUCUUCAAUAAAACGUCGUCAAUUACUCGUCCAACUGCAAUGGUUAACAAAUAUGUCCGAGGACUAUUGCUUUCAAUUAUGUCAAACGAUGUUAAAAUGUUGUUAUUCAACAUAUAAACAUGAAUUUAUAAAUAAUCUUAAUCAACAAUUCAACUGUUCAUUUGUUCUAUUGGGCAUUCUAAUGAAAAGUAAAUUGUUAAGUAAUGAUUUUGUUAAACUACUCAAUUUAUUAGAAUCUGAUUGUAAUUCUAAUGAAAGUUUACUUCUAAUGAAAAUAAAACAAUUGAAACGUAUGACCAAUCAAUUAGAAGAAUUAAAAUUAACAACGAAAUCCAAUGUAAAUUUACUACCAGAUGAACAAAUUAAACAGAAUCUAACUAUUGAUCAUAUGUUAAAUAUAUUCAUUAGUUCUGAUUCAUUAAACGAUUGGAGAAUUGAACAGCAAUUUUAUAAAUAUUUUAAAUCAAAUAAUGAACAUGAAGAUGAAUGUAAACAUUUAUUAAUGAAUGUACUUGUUGAAGCGGAAUACAAAUUAUCGGAGCCAACUAUUGGAAUGAUUCUAGAUCAAUUAGAAAGAAUAGAUUACAAAUCUUCAAGAUCAUCAAAUACAUCGAUCUAUGCCAAUCAUCUAUUAUUUUUCCAACGAACAGAUUCCUCAAUAUCUCAACGUUUAUUAUUAAAGAAAUUUCUCCAUUCUUGCGAUUGGUCAACAAUUCUCAAUUGUAUUUAUGAUCUUCUAACAUUGAAUUCGUCGAAUUCAAAUCCACGUUUAUCAGUAGGCCAUUUGAAUUUCGAGCACAAUCGUUUAUUACCAACGCAUCCUUUAAAGCAAUCUCAUUCGUCGCUACUAAACCAUCGUGAUAGUACAUUAAUACUUGAUAUGUUAGAAGCAUUUAUAAAACUAUCACCUUUAUGGUCUGGAAGAGAAUUUAAAAUGCUUGAUCGUUGCCAUGAUGAAUUAUUAAUUGAUUUAAAUGAACAACAUAUCUAUACACUAAUAAUUUACAUACUCGAUGAAGGUUAUCGUCGAUAUUUAUCUAAAGAAAAUCUCUAUGAGCAAUAUCAAAAACGUUAUGAAACAAUAAUAUAUUAUUUAAUAAAACAUUCAGAUAAAAAAUCAUUAUUUCAGUAUUGUUUACAAAAAAUUUUCAUUGAUUCUGAUACAAUGCUAUGGAUAAAAAAUAUUCUAACAUCAUUCUAUUUUAUUAUUUAUAUAAACCAAUCAGAUUUAUUUAAUGAAAAUUUCUAUUUAAUCUUACCGAAUUUAUUCUCAGAAAUUAAACAACAAUAUAAGAAAAUUAAUUUUAUUAAUACAAACUAUGAUUAUAUUAUUCAUGAUUUAUUAAUACGUUUAAAUAGUUAUGAUUUAAUAACCAUUGAAAAUUUCUAUGAAAUCAAUCUUUUAUUGAAACAAUAUGUUUCGAAAUACCCGAUUUUGUUUCUCAGACAUUUGAAUGUUCUGAAAUUGGAUUUACAAUCACGACUGUCAACAUUAACCUAUGAAGAAGUAAAUCGGCGAAGUUCAAAACAACGAACUUUAUUUCAUUCACUAUUCGAUUUAAUUUAUCGGUUAAAACCUUAUAUCUAUGAUCAGAUCUACGAAAAUGAUUUUCAAUCGAUUAUUGAUAUUUACAUACGUUUAGUACAAAUUAAUUUAUCAGUAUUAAAUACAUGUACAAAACAGAAUAUAUUAACGUUUACUUCUUUACAUGAUUUAAUCUAUUUAAUUGAUAGACUAUUAAGUUUAAUGUACGAUUAUUUAUAUUCAACAAUUAAUAAUAAUCAACAUAAUGCAUUAUUUAAAACAUAUCAUAUCAAGUUCUUUGAGAAAAUCAAUGAGAAAAUACAAACAAAUAAAGAUUUGUAUCAAUAUUUAGCAUCAAAUAAACACAAUCAAAUUUUGUAUCAUCUUAAACAAUUAAAAAUACUCUAUGAAGCUAUUAAAAGUGAUGAAAUUCCAGAUUUAACUAAUACGAUGCUCAAUGAAAUAGUCCCAUUCAAUGUUCGUCUUUGUUUGGUCGAUGGUACAUUAUCCGAUAAUAAUUCUUCAAAACAAUCCAUAUCUGAUUCUUCGAUACGUCAUAAAUCGCUUGAUAUUCAAUAUUAUCGUAUGAAAUUAUCUAUAUCCAUUGAUGAAUAUACAUCUUCUAUGAUAAUUGAUGAUGUAUUAUUAACAUUGACCGAUUUGAAAUCUCAUAUAGAUCAUUAUCUUCCUAUAGAUCAUAUUGAAUUAAUACUUGAUUCAUUAACAAAUUAUCUUUUAAAUGGUAAUAAACAAUUAAUUGAACAAACCUAUGAAUUUAUAUUAAAAUAUAUUGAAAAAUAUCCACAAUAUUCAUUGAUAUUUUAUUCGGCAUAUAUUAAAUGUAUAUUAUCAACAAAUUUGAUUGUAUUUCAAAUGGCUCUUGAACAUUUUUCACAUUUUAUUAUUUAUUUUCAAUCGAAAGCAAACGAACUUUUUAAUAUUCUACUUAAACAAGGUCUAAUCAAUAAAACUGACGUAACAACAUCCAUAACACAAGCCAUACGUUUACUUAAUCUUCAUCGAUACGAUCCAAUAACAUAUACGAAUUUAACAUCGGCAAUGUCAUCAAAAAUAGCAAUAGCAACGACCACAACAACGACGACAACAACAACUAAUGAUUGA